UAUAUAUAAAAUGAGAAAUAUUGCCCUGUCAGCUAGAAAAAAAUUUUUUUCAGUCAACAUUUAUUUCAUUUCAAAUAGCCAAGUGAAAAUGUGUUACGGUUUCAAUUUAAUUUCGUGUGUUUGUUAAUAGUUUAGUUAACUAUAUAACCCUGUUCAUUAAUACGUGUGGUUUUGCAUCCAUCUUGCCCUAAGAAUUUUCUUAUCAAGUAUGAGGUAUGAGGAAUGGCGAGACUAUGAACCUUUUUUUUUUAAAGACUAAAUCCGUGAGUGCAUGCAUAGGUGAGCUCUUGUGAUUUGUACCAGACAGACAAAGCUCUUUUCCCCUCUUUCCGUCUGAUGGGCCGUGAGUCCACACCUCCCUUCCAUGUCACCGUGUGUUUUACAGUGUGUGAGUAAGACUGUUUUUCCACUCUGUGACUUUGAUAUGAGAUUCCUGCCUAACUCAGACAGCCUCAGAUUCCUAAGAGGCUCUGUCAGGACAUGCCAGAAGGGUUGCCGUAUCCCUCACUGUACUUCCACAAAUAUGAUAACCUUUGGUGCCCAAAUACCACAUUUUUGAUGAAAACUAUUAGUUAUGGUUGGGAAAAUUAGCCUAGCAAGAAAAGGAGUUACUAUUAAAUACAUUCCUACCACCACCACACCGCGUCACACAAUUUAUGUGGUCCAAUCAAAUUAGGAAAACAUAACUGUUUUCUUAAUUUGGUGUUGAUAUAUACAAAUUUAGAAAAUUGUAAGCAUGAAGGACCACCCUCUCAGUCAGUGGGGACAUAAACUGAUUGUACAAAACUAUAAUGAGAUGCAUGGAACAAUUUAACCACUAAUUCGCAAAAAUGUAAAAUAGGUAAGAGUUGCCGUGGAAUUGUUGUGAAACUAAAACUGCUAUUAAAAUGUUAUUAUUUUUAUGGAAUGCUAAAACUGAAAUGUUUAAUUUUUAAUCAUUUUAAAUUAUACAAAAACAUGGCAUUUCAUUUUUUUUUGCAUUCCAAUCUGUUACUGAAUUUUUUGGCAUCCCAUCAGUGACAUAAUUUAGACAAGACAAGCAGGAAAAGAAAUAAAAAAAUCUAUCCAAUUCUUAUACAAAUUGUAUUGUUGACUGCAUUUGUAAAGUUCAAUCCCGUUUCCAUAGUUAUUGUAAAAAGUUUCUUUUAGGCUCAGAUUUAUUACUAAAAAUUGCCAUGCAGAUCCUGCUUACUUUCCCUUCUUCAUCAUCAUCCUUUCCAGCUUCUGGACUGAAUAAUACAUAUCUAUGGGAGGACAAACAGGAGUACGGAAUGAAUAAUAAACUAUAUCAAAAAGAGAUUAAUCAUACUUAUAUUUCACUGGCAAGACAAAUAGCUAUUUUAUUCCACAUUCAUUCCCUUACAGAUUUUAUUCACUCUUUCUACCUGGGGAGUGACACCUUAACUCUACUCUGGUUUGGAUGAAGACAUCUAGUUUUAAUAAGCUUGUGGGAAGCUCUGAGCCAACAGCAUGGUAGCAGCACCAGUGGAAACUGAUCUAACUGUAAUCUUUGUCAUGAUAGAUGAGUUAAAAAGAGUUAUAAAUAAAGACACACUCUAGCUGAGAAGAGAUUGCUAUGUAAGUUUUCCUUAAAGUGGACUGUUUUAUGGUCCUGUGUCAGGUUUUAACCACCUGAAGAUUGGCUGAAAUCCUUUUCCAUUGAUCAUAUUUUAAUACUGAUGGAUGUCUGACUGGAAAACAUUUAAACUGCACACAAUUCCAGCUAUUAGGUAUUCUACUUGAAAAUAACUGCAUUAAAUAAGAAUGGGCAUUGUCCUGAAAGAUUAGGGAAUAUUUUAAAAACAAAUAAAAACAAACUAUAUUUUGUAUUACAUUAUACCUGACGAAAAGAAAAGGCGUGGUUUUCUAGUAAAGCUUCAUUAAUUCAGCAUUUAAUACUUAUAAACUCUCAAUAUAUGUCUACUGGGUAGUUAAAGUCCCAUAGUGUUUUAAACAUUGGACACAAAGAAGUGCAUAGAAAAGGGAAACAAUCACAGAAAAUACAAACGGUGGAAUUCAUUAGGAGAUAUAAUUUAUCAACCCAGUUAUCAUCCUGACUCUCUUUUAUUACAAUAUUUCUGUCAAAAUUACACGUUUUCACAAGAUAAUCUCAAUUUAAUGUCACCUAAAUGUCUCCUGUUUUUAAUAGGGCUUUAAAUGUCAACCCUGUUACCGUAUAUUAAAUUUUAAACAUUAAAUAGUAAAUGUUUAAAAAAAUUUGAGAUUUCAGUUUUGCCAGUACUAAAUUCUCUUAGAACCCUAGAGUGCCAUCCUGGUUAGGAAGAAACGGCUAAUAACUAAUUGAACUAUAAAACUGUCAACCCUAUUACCAUGAUUAUUAACAUGAACAUUUUACUACAAUAAGCAUUUAAAAUGACAUCACCCUACUUUCAGGAACUAAACACUAAUAUCAUGGUUAGAAUCACGAAUAAAUCAGGGUUGUCACAAAUCAACAGAAAACUGUAAAAAAGUCAACCCUGUUAUCUUUCUGAGGGUCUAUAUUAAUUUAGCUUUAGAUGCCAUAAUGCAGUUCAUCGACACCAAGAGACAUUCUUUGUUUUAAAUCAAUUUUAAAUGAAUGUACCCUUAUUUAUUUAAUAGUACAAAAAUAAUAAUAACUGUAAACUUCCGCUUACAGUGGCCCGGAAAGUAAUUGGACUCUCGAGAGACACAGAAAUGUUUAAACACUAUUGUUUUAAGAAAUAUCAAAACCAAACUAUCCAGCUCAGGCCCACUUUUAAAAGAUUAAUACAGAUAUUCAUACAUCCACUAAAAAUCACAAUGGGUACAGUUGUUCAUUUUGAAUUUGUUGUUUGCAAACACAGAUCGCUUUGACAUUUGCUACCUAAUGCAACGAAUGCUUCAGUGUUAUUGUCCAAAUACAUUUGGUCUCUGCUGUAUAAAACCUACUCAAAUAGCAAAGACGAAAUAUCAGUGCAAGCCAUGCACAUUCACUUAUUCCUCCAGCGCUGCAGGAUUCAUGUCUUCAUAGUUAAAUAAGGAAUGUAGAUAGCGAGAAAAAAAAAAUCACAUUUUAAUAAAAUCCCCAAAUUUAUGUAUCUGAAGACAGCCAUUAUUCUCAGAAUUUCCAUUCAAAUAACUUCUGUCAUCUAUUUAGUUCUUUUUAAUUAUGGACCUUCCUUCCAUCCUUCAUGCAGUUAACCCUUGCUUUUCGGUGUUCAUCGUAUUGUAUAAAAUGUGUGUACAAAAUGCCAAUUCCAUGUCAAAAUCGGCUCAACCUCCAAGAUGACUUCACUUGUCAGACGUCCCACAGCUUUAAGCAAUUUACCCCCAUUUUCCAUACUCUCCCCUCGAUACUUGGAGAAAUACCAGUGGACUUCCUAAAAACAUUUAUAUAUAGUCGCCUCCAAUCAUAGCCUUGAGACCAGGUGAGAGACUGGGAGCGGAAGGGUUAUUCCACCUCCCUCUCCUCCUGGCCGCACCCCAUCAUCCCCUCCGCCCAGACAGCUCUGACCCGCUUAGAUGGCUAUAAAAGAGACUGUGACUCUGGCGCAUCUCAGCAUCACCUGCGCUUCCAUCCUGAAGAAGACAACCAGGCGAAGAAAAGAAGAACAAUGCGUUCACUACUGAAGAUCACCAUUCUGCUUUUUUGCGUUCAAGCCGGAGAAGGACACUGGCUUAGAACGCUACUGGACAAGGACCUCCGUGGUGAAGAACAAAGAGGAGGUGAUGCUGAGGAAAAUGAGGGUUCGGGGAGGCAGUUGGAAAGGGCGAUUCGGUUGCCCCGCAGCGCUGAGUCGCCUUGUGCCUUGCACUCCAUCCUGCUGCAGGUGCGAGACCUCGGUCUGGGCUACGACUCGGAUGAGACGGUGCCGUUUAAAUACUGCAGCGGGACCUGUCCUCGCCUGGCCUCCAACCACGACCUCACACUCGCCAACCUCCUGCAAAGCGGCGUUCUUCAGUACACCGGCCACUGGCACCAUCAGCCCUGCUGUCGCCCCACACACCACGAAGACAUAGCCUUUCUCGACAACCACCAUCGCUGGCACAAAGUCGAGAAACUCUCUGCAGCUGGAUGCGUCUGUAUGGGAUAGAAACGAAGGCGGCCAGUCGAAAAAUCUGGCUAAAUAUAGACUGCCUGUUGGUUUAGAGACUGUACAAAGUGCCUCGAAGUAAAAUAAGGGCUGUUUAAAGUACGUUAAUUCAGGAAGUUAUAAUAUGUAUGAAUUUAAAUGUAUCGAGAUGUAUAUGUUGCUUUCUUUGAUUGGCGUUGGCUGAUAUUGUGUUUGAGAAUGUCGAAACGUUCGGUGACAACACAAUGACGUUUGGGUGGCCGAAUCUGAAUUUAGAUCGAUUCGACGAAUCGUCCACCCAAACCAAAGAUGGAAGAUAUUUAUGUUUAUAAAUUAUUUAUUUAUUUGAAAAACAUUUUUACCACCCA